GCGGAGCGCAUGCGCCCAGCGGCGGGCGGGGCGGCGGCAGCAGUGAAGGGGAGCAGCCAUGGCGAAACACACGGUGUCUUCGGCGCGGUUUCGGCGGGUGGACGUGGACGAAUACGACGAGAACAAGUUCGUGGACGAGGAGGACGGAGGCGACGGGCAAGCGGGGCCCGAUGAAGGCGAGGUGGACUCGUGUCUGCGGCAAGGGAACAUGAUGGCUGCGCUGCAGGCGGCUCUGAAGAACCCUCCUAUCAACACAAAGAACCAGGCAGUGAAGGAUCGUGCUGAAAGUAUCGUCCUGAAGGUGCUCAUCUCUUUCAAAGCCAACGAUAUCGAGAAGGCGGUGCAGUCGCUGGACAAGAACGGCGUCGACCUGCUGAUGAAGUACAUCUACAAAGGCUUCGAGAGCCCCUCGGACAACAGCAGCGCGGUGCUGCUGCAGUGGCACGAGAAGGCCCUGGCUGCUGGAGGAGUGGGGUCCAUUGUCCGCGUUUUGACUGCCAGGAAAACCGUUUAAAUGCAGCAGUGAGCGGUUGCCUGCCGUCCGCGGCGCGCGAAAUGCGGGUACGCAGCCCAAAGCACCGAAUGCCGUUGCUGCCCCGUGGGCAGCGCCUGUCUCUCAGCUUGCCUUCUCGCUGCUUCUUUCAUACCUGACAAAUAAUGCAUAUCGUGAUCUCUUUUUUUUUUUUUUUUUUUCUCUCUUCUGGAAGAUUAUGAAGGUGCAAUUGUAUUUCUAACAGGAAUAUUUGGUACUCGUGAACAUUUCAGUGACACGUAUAGCGACAUGUGCAAACUUCAUGUUUAGGAUGAUUUGCGUUUGUGUGUAAUUAUGGCAGAUUUGGACCUGACUUUCCAAGCAAAUGCUGAGGGACGUAGGGCAAUGUCUUAAUCCUUUUCGCUAGCCAAGCAGUGUUUUGAUGCAAAAUCUGUAUUGGAGAAGUGGGGCAGCUAUUACUAUUGGUAACUGGACCACAGUUCCUUUGGUCCACCUCUGAACAGGACAGAAAGCAAAGGCUCCCUUCCCAUCCUGAGUAUCAUUCCAGAGAGCUGAGUAUUUCCCUUCACCUUGCAUCUCACGGCCGGUUCAGGUUCCUCGUGAUCAGCCAAACGCUUGGGUCCGCAGCCCGAAAAUCACAACGGGAUCAAGUUGUCCGUCGUGCAGUUUGGAUGGUAGAAUUUAAAAGGCUGAUGGUCCAUUUACGCUGGAGCCCACCCCAAUGAACUCUCUAAUUUGGGGAGCAGAGAUCCUGAAGAAAAGAAGAAAAAAGCAGCUUUCACACAGCAAAUCACCUUUCAGCCACUUGAAAGGGAUUUGAUUUUUGUCAAGCACAACAAUGUGGCUGCCUGGGGUGAUCUGAGAAACGGGUACUGGUAUCCACACCACCCUCACAAAGCUCUCAUAUGUUAUUUUCUAGAUGCAUAGGGCCUUAAAGGAUACCAGACAGUUCACAUUCCAGUGGCAUUGUGCCAGCUAGUGGGCAAAUCAGGCUCCAAAAUAGAGGAGUGCAUUAAAAAAAAAUAGGAAAGCCCAGGGCAUCUCAGACCACAGAUCACAUUGAAGGUUUAGGGCCAAGACUGAAAUAUGUGUGUUUUACAUUCACCAUUUUACUGCAGUUCAGUUGUGUAAAACUGUUGAGGAACUUGUGAAAUCUCUGCUGGUUUUUGAUAUCUGCCUUUUUUUUUUUUUUUGUAAUAAUAAUAAUAAAGACCAGACAAUAAAUUGUCACUGAA